AGAGCUAGGUGCGUAUCAUUGGAUCAGUAGCUGCUGCCUGCCACACUGUCCAAUCGCAUCUAGGGAGAGAGAGAGAGAGAGAGAGAGAGAGAGACGGGGAAACGGAGAUAGAGGUAGCGAGAGAGAGAUGGGGGAGGGAGGAAAGAAAGGAAGAGAGGGAGAUUGAUCAUUUGAACGUCCUGGGCCUUGCGAUCCUUGGAAAAACACUUACUAGCCUACAUCCCAAAAAAGAAUUUCCUUCUUUUUUCCCACUGAAGGCUUGAGGGCUGUUUUUUUUCUUGUUUCGUUUUUUUUGAGUUAUUGCCACCCAGGAGACGUGCCAUCGCCUCCACCACCAGCAGCAGCAGAAGAAGAGGAAUAUCUCCCAAUAUCCCAUCCCGGGCACGUCGGAUAAGCUGCAGCAGUGAAAACACGAGGCGAAUAUUGCGGUGGACUGGAACAAGAACAUGGUCCCUGGGAUUUCACACCUCUCACCCUGGCUGGGAGGCAGUUUGUGCUUGUUAUGGGGGUGACCGGAAGGAGAGAGUGACAGAGGAACAGUGAUGCUACUGUUUACAUAACAAGAGACUCACAUACACACACACAUACAGACGUGCACGCACACGCACACGCACACGCACACAUACACACACACACACACACCCAGACAUGCUGAAAUUGCCAGUCCAGGACAUACACGCUUAAACACUUCCACACAUACAUACACACACAUACACACACACACACACACACACACAUUCAAGGGACUCGCUGACUGAGUCACCAUACACUCAGAGGCACAGAAUCACUGACUCACACACAGGAACAAACACAGACACAUACACAAAAAGAAAAAGGUUGUUUGCAAGAGUCAGGACGGUGUGUUGUGUGUACUAUGGCCAAGCUGAGUAGCAGCUGUGUCUGAGCAUUGGAUACCUCUGAAGGGUCAACACAGCUCUAAUCCCCCCCCCCCCCCCCCCCCCCCCCCCCCCCCCCCCCCCCCCCACACCAUCAUGUCCGAGCCGAAGACCGGGAGAACUCCCUCAGCCUUGUCCUCUCUCCAAACCUUCUCCCCAAUUCUAUCCCUCCUCCUCUCCCUCUGCCUCUCCAUUUCAUGCAAUCCGGCCUCUUCAUCGGCACAGCAGACUGUGCCUGUCAUCUCCACGGUCCAAGGCCGCAUCCGGGGCAUCCUGACCCCGCUGCCCUCUGACCUCCUGGGGCCAGUCAUCCAGUACUUGGGAGUACCAUAUGCAAGGCCUCCAACAGCGGACCGGCGCUUCCAGCCGCCCGAGCCUCCUUUGCCCUGGCCAGGAAUACGAAAUGUGACGCAGUUUGCUCCCGUGUGCCCGCAGUCGCUGGAUGAGAGGAGCAUGCUGGGAGAUAUGAUGCCUUCCUGGCUCACAGCUAACCUGGAUAUAGCGGCGACGUACCUCACUCACCAGAGUGAGGAUUGUCUCUACCUCAAUAUCUACGUGCCCACUGAGGAAGACAUCCAUGAGGAGGGGGGUCAGCGGCCGGUGAUGGUCUACGUCCACGGAGGCUCUUACACAGAAGGCACUGGUAACAUGAUGGAUGGCAGCGUGCUGGCAAGCUACGGCAACGUCAUUGUCAUAACCCUCAACUAUCGCCUAGGAGUACUGGGAUUUCUCAGUACAGGUGACCAGGCAGCAAAAGGGAACUACGGCUUGCUGGAUCAGAUCCAGGCUCUGCGCUGGGUGAAGGAGAACAUUGCAGCAUUCGGAGGAGACCCAAGCAGAGUUACUGUGUUUGGAUCCGGGGCCGGGGCCUCGUGCGUCAGCCUGCUCACCUUGUCUCACUACUCUGAGGACCUAUUCCACAGAGCUAUCAUCCAGAGUGGCAGUGCUUUAGCCAGUUGGGCUGUCAACUACCAACCCAGCAAGUACGCCCGUCAGCUUGGUGAGAGGGUGGGCUGCGGCAUCGACGACAGCACUCAACUGGUCGCCUGCCUUCAGGGCCGAAGCUACCGUGAACUUGUGGAGCAGAGCAUAACACCGGCAAAAUAUCACACAGCUUUUGCCCCGGUGAUUGAUGGUGAUGUUAUACCUGAUGACCCCCAGAUUCUGAUGGAGCAGGGAGAGUUCCUGAACUACGACGUGAUGCUGGGGGUUAAUCAGGGCGAGGGCGUGAAGUUUGUAGAGGGCAUUGUGGACUCAGAAGACGGUGUCACGGCUGAGGAUUUUGACUUUGCAGUGUCAGACUUUGUGGACAGUUUGUAUGGAUACCCAGAAGGCCGAGAUACAUUGAGAGAGAGCAUAAGGUUCAUGUACACGGACUGGGCGGACCGGGACAAUGCAGAAACUCGGCGGAAGACUCUGGUAGCUCUAUUCACUGACCACCAAUGGGUGGCUCCAGCAAUCGCCACAGCUGACCUCCACGCUCAGUAUGGAUCCCCAACAUACUUCUACUCCUUUUACCACCACUGCCAGAGUGAUGCCACACCGCCUUGGGCUGACUCUGCUCAUGGUGAUGAGGUGCCCUAUGUGUUCGGUGUGCCCAUGGUGGGACCUACUGAUUUGUUCAACUGUAACUUCUCCAAGAACGACGUUAUGCUGAGCGCUGUUGUAAUGACUUACUGGACCAACUUUGCAAAGACUGGUGACCCAAACCAGCCGGUUCCUCAAGAUACCAAGUUCAUCCACACUAAACCUAACCGUUUUGAAGAAGUGGCCUGGUCUAAGUACACCCCUAAAGAGCAGCUGUACCUCCACAUUGGCCUGAAGCCGCGUGUCAGAGACCACUACCGUGCCACCAAAAUCUCCUUCUGGCUCCAGCUGGUCCCUCACUUGCAUCAUGUCAACGAGCUCCUCCAAUCUGUGUCCUCCUUCACCCAUAGUCCCUCUCCACAGGAUGACACUCCUUAUUCCUACACCAAGCGUCUAGCCAAAGGUUGGCCGCCUAGUAGUACACGUCACCCAGGUUCACAAGCAGGUACUCCACAGCCACCAGAGUCUGCUUUAGGCCAAGGUGGAGGGGAAGACGGGGUCCGUGUCCCUAAUGAGGACUACUCAACUGAACUCUCAGUGACGAUUGCGGUGGGAGCGUCCCUGUUAUUUCUUAACAUCCUUGCGUUUGCGGCUUUGCUUUACAAGAAAGACAAGAGGCGUCUGGAGCAUCGCCGGCCACGUCCACUUCCUCCCCCGAGACGAGACAUCACACCGGCAGAUGUUGCGGCCCACCUACAGGGUGAGGGACUGAUGUCUUUACAGGUGAAGCAACUGGAGUGUGAUGCAGCAUCAGCAGACGAGAGGAACAACACUCACCACCAUCACACUCUGGAUACGCUAGACGCCCUGGACGGCAUGGACACCCAGGACAUCUACAGCACACUGGACACUGUGCGCCUCACCUGCCCGCCCGACUACACCCUCACCCUGCGCCGCUCGCCUGACGACGUCCCCCUCAUGACCUCUCUGACCCCAGGAUCACUGCCUGUGACUCCUGGAUCACAUCCUGUUACCCCGGCAACGCCGAUGACCCCCAUGACGCCUGGAUCAGUGGUGGGGAUGAGGAUGGGGCAUCCGCACCAGGGAUACACACACCAUAGCCCAUAUAGUAAUACACACUUGCCACACACACACAUCUCCACGCACACACACUCCACCACGCGUGUAUAACCGCAGCAAGAUACUUGCACACCCAGGGACAUAAUUACAACACAAACACACUAACUAACACACACCAACACACACACACACACACA